GGGGCUGCCGGUACCGUGUGUGUGGGUGGGCCCGGGUAAGGAGCUCCGUCCAUGGCGGCGGUGUGAGGAGAGGAGGGCGUGUGGAGCCCGUGUGAGGCCGGAGGGGAAGUGCUGCACCAUGCUGACUGCCCCAGCAGAUAGCUCUGGUGACUACAAAAAGCAACAGAUGGAACUGAGCUGGAGCCAUAGCAGCUCUGGUUUGCAGUACUCAGAAGAUACCUUUGAGUCCUUCAGUGAGGAGGAGGAAGCCCACUGGCAGAGAGAAAGUGACCCACCUGAAUCGUAUUGUUCCACAGAGGAUUUGGAGGGCUCUGCUGUGUCAGAUGAGCAGCCUGAAGUAGCAGAUUCUGCAGCUGCAGAAAGAGAUCUCGUGGGACGCUGGAUUGGUCUAAUAACUAAAAAAUCUGACAUUAAGCAAGACAGAUCGGUCAUCAAAACUCAUGCUGAAAUUAGCGAACUCUCAGAUGAAGAACUGGAUGCUCUCAGGUCCUUUUGCACUAAGAAGAUAAAUGGGAUGCAUAAGCAGCUGAUCUCCAAGCAGACAAAUGGUGACAAGCCAAGAAGGCUGCAGACGGGAUUGACAGCAAAGAAACCAGACACAAGUGACUUGAGCUGCAUUGUUCCUGAUGGGCUGAUGAACAGAAUCCGCCUGAAAAAUAUCAGGGAGACUGUUAAACAGGUGACAGAAGCUCAAAUACACGAUCCCUCGGUGUGCCCUGACUGUCAGGAGAAGGAGGCAGAGCUAGCCAAGAUCACCUUCUGCAGAAGAAAGAAGGUCCUGAUGGAAAGUGCUUUAAUCCAAGAGAAACUGGAAGAACAGAUUUACUUCAGAGAUACGCUUACGCUUCUAGGAGAAGCACUCGGAAGCUUGCCCAAACCUUCAGAGGAUCCCAGGAACCUAAGGCAGAGGCUGAAAGUGGCUGAGCUUUGAGAUCCCAAAAUUCUGCCAUGGAGGAUGCAGGAGAAGCAAAACCAAACAGUGGAUCGUGUCUCUUCCUUUUCCCCUCACAGGAGCUGCCCCCUCCCACGUUCCUCAGCAGUAGGCUUUUCUUUUGAUCCAGAGAAACACUCUAAAACUAUGAUCAAGAAAUAUUGAUUCAUGGGCUCCUUUGUUUCUGCUUACUGGGGCAUAAAAGGAGUGAGGUGGAUCAGGGCUGAUUCAUGUGGUAAGCAGCCCUAGGACUGAAACAAAUCAAUCUGCCCAUUAAAAGUACUUUGGAGCUUUGCUUUCUAGCUUUGUGCAGCACAUGGUUGCGUUAUUUAAUCUUCUCAAUGAUUUGUGAUGUGGUAGGGUUCAUUGCUCUGAACUUUGUAUGAAUGCAGAAGGGUUUAUCGUAUAUAUCUUGGUUUAGGUGUAUGCGAUAUUAUAGUUCAUAACUGACUCUUUGGAUAAAUCUAUAUUCCUCAGAUUAUCAUUCAGAUCAGUUUCCUGAGGACAGCAGCAAUGUAAUUUCCACAUUCAUCUGCCCUCGCUUUCUCUAUAAAAAAACCCAGCCUGAUUCCAGGCUCAGUCAUUCCUCAGCCUUGUUUCUAACCAUCUGUUGGGCCACGGGGCUUUGUAUUUGUCAUUUGUAAGAGUCACUUUAGUGUUCUAUUUUUUUUAGCAUAGCUGGUUUGAUCAGCUUCCAAGGAUUGGAGCUGAGCUCACUUAUUCGUACUGGGAGCCUGACAAAACUCCUGAGCUGGUGCACUGAGGACAAGGGUUUGCUGCUGGAAGGGAUCGUGUUCUCUGGAAAAUUGGUGAUGCCCAGAUUCUUCUUCAAUGAGAAUCUGAAUUGUAGCUUUCAGUUAUUGCAAAUCCUGCACACACACUCCAGCAAGAGCUGGAGUACUUCCAGCUAUGUAUUUUUAAAGCAUUUGAAACAUACUUGCCUUCUUCCACCUGAGACUUUUAUCACCAUUCAGUAUGAUUUUCAGAGAAGGACUUUGUAUUGUCUCUACUCAGUGAGAGCUAAUGUAAACGCUACAUGCAGAUUGUCACUGCCUGCAACAGGGUUGGUCUUCUGAAUGCCACCGUGCUUAAUGUGGUUUAAUUCUGUAAAUACAUACAUUAAUGUUACAAAUACUACAGUUGCAUUGCUUUGAUGCAGCUAGCUAACUGCUCCCCUUCCCUC